AAAAGCUGCAGAGAACCUAAUCAAAGAUUGCUUCUGAAUUCAUCCCUUCAAAGCUAAAUCCUCCUCUUUCACCAGCUCAAGGGUUGUACUUCUUCUCAGAUUACAUUUUGAUCAUGGAUUUGAGCCAUCACAGGUUCACAAACACCACUUGGGAGCCAUACAACAUUCCCAUGGAUCAAGGCCAUCUGCUCCAAGAUCAAACCCCUUUUGAUCAUCAUCCACAAGCACAAUGGCCUUACUUUCCUCCAAUUCACAGCCAAAACGAGCCGUCGGAUUCCUCGCCCACGCAACUCCUCCCGUCUCCGAAUUUCGACCAAAUGGGCUCUGCAGCCUUCAAAGCGUCAGAAGCCGGAGAUCAUCAAGACGACGAGCCCGAAGAGGAGUUGGGAGCCAUGAAAGAGAUGAUGUUCAAGAUCGCAGCAAUGCAACCCGUCGACAUCGACCCGGCCACCAUCCGCAAGCCCAGGAGGCGGAACGUCCGGAUCAGCGACGACCCGCAGAGCAGCGUCGCGGCCCGCCACCGCCGUGAGAGGAUCAGUGAGAAGAUCCGGAUCCUCCAGAGACUGGUCCCCGGGGGCACUAAGAUGGACACUGCUUCCAUGCUGGAUGAAGCCAUUCGCUAUGUUAAGUUCUUGAAGAGGCAAAUCCGCAUACUCCAGGCCAACCACCACCAGCCGCCGUGCAUAGGGAUCGCCACUCCCACCGGCGCCGCCACCGCUGAAGAAUGGGUGGCGGUAACAACCAAGGCCACCGCCACCGCCACCGCGGCAGCAGGGACGUCGUCUUCGUACUUGUUUGGAGGGAACAACAAUAACGAUGGGGCAGGUGAUGAUAUAUCAAUCCCAUAUGUUUUAAUUUAACCAUAAGUUUUAUAUAUUGGUGAUUAGCAUUUCACCAUAUAAAUUAGUAUAUAAAUUAAUUUUGAUGAUCAAACGUUGUAUUAUCAUAAGGUUUGUAUUUAAAAAUUCAAAAAAAUCCAUGUGAUGAUAAGAAAAAGGUUUGUUAGGAUAUUGUUGACUAAGGGGGCAU